AUGGAAGGUGCUGAUAAGGUAGGCUCAGUCAUGGUAGACGCAGACAUGAAAGGUGCUAACAAGGUAGGCUCAGUCAUGGUAGACGCAGACAUGAAAGGUGCUGAUAAGGUAGGCUCAGUCAUGGUAGACGCAGACAUGGAAGGUGCUAACAAGGUAGGCUCAGUCAAGGUAGACGCAGACAUGGAAGGUGCUGACGAGGUAGGCUCAGUCAUGGUAGACGCAGACAUGGAAGGUGCUGACGAGGUAGGCUCAGUCAUGGUAGAUGCAGACAUGGAAGGUGCUAACAAGAUAGGCUCAGUCAAGGUAGACGCAGACAUGGAAGGUGCUGACGAGGUAGGCUCAGUCAAGGUAGACGCAGACAUGGAAGGUGCUAACGAGGUAGGCUCAGUCAAGGUAGACGCAGACAUGGAAGGUGCUGACGAGGUAGGCUCAGUCAAGGUAGACGCAGACAUGGAAGGUGCUAACAAGGUAGGCUCAGUCAAGGUAGACGCAGACAUGGAAGGUGCUAACAAGGUAGGCUCAGUCAAGGUAGACGCAGACAUGGAAGGUGCUGACGAGGUAGGCUCAGUCAAGGUAGACGCAGACAUGGAAGGUGCUGACGAGGUAGGCUCAGUCAAGGUAGACGCAGACAUGGAAGGUGCUGACGAGGUAGGCUCAGUCAAGGUAGACGCAGACAUGGAAGGUGCUAACAAGGUAGGCUCAGUCAAGGUAGAUGCAGACAUGGAAGGUGCUGACGAGGUAGGCUCAGUCAUGGUAGACGCAGACAUGGAAGGUGCUAACAAGGUAGGCUCAGUCAAGGUAGACACAGACAUGGAAGGUGCUGAUGAGGUAGGCUCAGUCAUGGUUGACGCAGACAUGGAAGGUGCUAAUAAAGUAGGCUCAGUCAAGGUAGACGCAGACAUGGAAGGUGCUGACAAGAUAGGCUCAGUAAUGGUAAACGCAGACAUGGAAGGUGCUGACGAGGUAGGCUCAGUCAUGGUAGACGCAGACAUCGAAGGUGCUGACGAGGUAGGCUCAGUCAAGGUAGACACAGACAUGGAAGGUGCUGAUGAGGUAGGCUCAGUCAUGGUUGACGCAGACAUGGAAGGUGCUAAUAAAGUAGGCUCAGUCAAGGUAGACGCAGACAUGGAAGGUGCUGACAAGAUAGGCUCAGUAAUGGUAAACGCAGACAUGGAAGGUGCUGACGAGGUAGGCUCAGUCAAGGUAGACGCAGACAAGGUAGCCUGA